AUGCGUGCUCAAACCUCAGUCGUCCCGCCACACGGCUGCGACAGGCGUGGCUGCUGUGUUGCGCUCCUUGACAGCCUCAAUUGCCGUCGUGGAGACCUUGGCUAUUUGUCAGAGCGCUAUCUCAUGCACACUGACAGUUUGGGCUUGGACUCGCCCGCUGAGGACCCUCCGCAGCGUCGUCGGCGUGGUCGGCCGCGCGCCCGUGUCAUGCAACACCAGGCUGCUGUUGACAAUGACAGCAAUCCCUCGGGCGAACCUUCGGCCAAGAAACCGAACAUGGGUCCAGCAAGCCUUCGCCGAAAAGCGCCAGAAACCUCGGUUCUGCAACGGCAAAAGCCCAUAGAGGCCUCACCCGGCAGUAUCGUCGUUUCGCCAGCCCUAGCUUCUCGUUCCAUCUCCAAGCGGUUUGUGCUUGCGUCCCUUGUAUCCCUGCUUUUACUCAUGCCAAAGUGCUCGUCGAACACUCGUCUCCCAACCUGCUCUCUUACGCUAUCGCCGCUGCGACUGUCGCAAUGA